AUGCAUUCAAUCAUCUACACAGGGCUCCUCUGCACCCUUGCCGCACCGGCCAUGGGUGUCGUCUGGGAGAGUCUAAGCGCAGGCGUGCCCAGCAGCUGGACUCUGCAUGAAACACCCUCAUCAGACUCAACAAUGGCCCUGUCUAUCGCAUUAAGUCGUCAGAAUCUGGACCAGCUAGAAUCGAAAUUGAUCAAGCUGUCGACCCCCGGGGAGGCAGAAUACGGUCAAUGGCUUGAAAAGCAUGAAAUUGACGCGCAAUUCCCCGUCGUAGAGGAUUCCUCUGUCGUGAGGUGGUUGAAGAGCAGCGGAAUCUCGAACUUCGCUCGUGAUGGCGCCCUGCUCAAUUUCACGGGUAGCGUUGAGACUAUUGGCAGCCUGCUCAAUACCAGUUUUGCGUAUUACCAGAAUGGUGAUUCGGUCAAGUUGCGUACGACUGAGUAUUCGAUCCCUGAUGAUCUGGCGGGAUAUAUCGAUCUCAUCUCGCCGACUGUUUUCUUCGGAAAGACUCGCAGUGCUAUUCCUGUGCCGUCAUCCUCCCAGAAUGUGCAGAAUAAGCAUAGGGCUUCCUCGACUGAAAUCUCGCCUGCUUGUCAGACUUCUAUUACGCCUUCUUGUUUGAAAGAGAUGUACAACAUUGGUGAUUACACGCCCGAGCCUGCGGCUGGUAGUCGUGUUGGGUUUGGCAGUUUCCUGAAUCAAUCGGCCCAAUAUUCUGAUUUGGAGGCCUAUGAGUCUCGUUUUGGUAUUCCAUCACAGAGUUUCACUGUUGAAUUGAUCAAUGGUGGAGUGAAUAAUCAAAGUGCUAGCAAGAGUGAUAUUGGGGAGGCGAAUUUGGAUGUGCAGUUGAUUGUUGCUGUUUCGCAUCCUUUGCCUGUUCAUGAGUUUAUUACUGGUGGUGUUGCACCUUUUCUUCCUGAUGCCGACGAGCCUACCGAGGCUGAUGAUGAGAACGAGCCGUAUCUCAUUUUCCAUGAGUAUUUGCUCUCUAAGACCAAUGCCGAGCUGCCUCAGGUUAUUUCUACCUCUUAUGGCGAUGAUGAACAGACUGUCCCCGAGAAGUACGCCAAACGCGUUUGCAAUCUCAUCGGCCUGAACACCCUACGUGGAUUGACUAUCAUCCACUCUUCCGGCGAUGAAGGUGUCGGCUCAGCCUGCCAGGCCACAGAUGGUGUAACGCCCCAAUUUAACCCAAUCUUCCCAGCGACAUGCCCGUACGUCACCGCCGUAGGAGGCACUUCAGACGUGAGCCCAGAAGUAGCCUGGAACGCCUCGUCAGGUGGUUUCUCCAACUACUUCUCUCGAGCUUGGUACCAGAACUCCGCCGUCGAGGAAUACCUGAAGCAUCAAGUCACCCAAGAAACAAAGGAGUAUUACUCGAAGUAUGCCGACUUCGAAGGUCGUGGAUUCCCAGAUGUUUCUGCUCACAGUUUAUACCCCGAUUACCAAAUCAUCGCCGCUGGUAAAACCUCCGCCACAGGUGGAACAUCUGCUGCGGCACCUACGUUUGCUGGCUUAGUCGGUCUCCUCAAUGAUGCCCGUCUGCGCGCUGGCAAGCCUGUUCUGGGCUUCUUGAAUCCGUUCUUGUACACGAAGGGAUUCAAGGCGCUGAAUGAUAUUACUGGUGGGGCUUCUUAUGGGUGUGGUGGCAUUGAUCCUCAAAGUGAUGCGGCUGUGCCUGGUAGCUUGAUUAUCCCUGGUGCGCACUGGAAUGCUACAGAAGGCUGGGAUCCUGUUACUGGGCUUGGUACGCCUAACUUCCAGGAAUUGAAGAAGUUGGUUUUGACGUUGUAA